GUGAUGUAGCGGCAGCAGCGAUGGUCCUGCACGCUGCAGAUCUACCUCUUGGCGGCUUGUGGCUUCAUUCGGUGCAUUCCAGAACUGGCGUAUCCGAGGAGGUAGCGAUGAGAGCGAACCGUCGCCCGUUCCGCUGCCAUGGCUGCUUUUUAUGGGCUCUUUCACUAACGCAUCAGUUACAGAAGAAGUGUGUUGCAUUCCUGGAAAGAGGCGACUCGGCGGCGGGACGCUUCUGGACUGGCCUUUUGCCGCUCUAGCCUUCUCUCCUUUUCCUCUGCUCUGCUUUCCUCCUCUUUCUCCGCCCAAAUCUUCUCCUUAUCUCUGAUCUCCUUCUAUUUUCCAGCCUCCUUUUCCUUCCUAGAUCCCUUUCUCCUUCUCUGCUCUAAGUCGCUCUAUCCAGUGAGUAAUGGAGGGUCAGGAUGCUGGUGUUGAGGGUGUGCCUGUGCGGCCGCAGGCGGAUAAGCCAAGGGCAGGUCGACCUAAUCUGCUAGCACCAGAUCUUGUGUGCCCUCAUGCGGAUAGGCCGGGGGGAAGUGGAGCUAUUCAGGGGGCUCAUCUCCCCUCUCGCUCGAUAGCGCCAGAUCCUGGGAUUGAGCUCACCAUGCAAGCGCUUUCAAUCAGUGAGCCGGAAUUUGUUCAUGUUCAGGCUGAGAACCAGGCACAUGAGGAAGGACAGGAUGCAGAGUUCAAUAUAUUGAUGAAUCUUGCUUCUACUGGAGGUCCAAUCAGAGUUCUUUCUCUUCAAGCUGUGCAACAAUCUAUGGCUAGAGCAUGGAGGGAUAAUUAUUACGGUAUAUCUCAAUUAUCAAGGUAUGUUUUUGUGGCGCACUUCCGCUCUUUGGAAGCUGUUAUGUUUGUGAUUACUCGUCAGCCUUGGAGCAUGGGUUCAGACAACUUUUUGAUUGAAUGGAUGGAUCCGGAGGAACAAGAUAAGAAUAUUCAGGACUACAAGUUUGAUUCAAUUUAUGUCACUGUUCGGAUUUAUGGUAUCCCCAUCAGGUUUAGAACCCAAGCACUGUUAGCAAGCAUCCUGCAAAAAGUGGGGCAGAUUUCAGAGUUUCAUCCGAUUAACAAGAGUAUGAUUUCGGCUAGGCAGGAAUACAUUUGGGGUACUAUUAAAGCUCAGAUCAGUAGACCUGUGAAAGAUAAAGUUUGGGUUUCUUAUGGCGAAGACUCUGCUGGUUGGGCCUAUUUGUUCUACGAGAAGAUUGGCAGAAUCUGUACUUUUUGUGGAAUUAUGUUUCAUAGCGUCCAACAUUGCAAAGCUAGAAACAGUGUCCUUAUUUCAAGGAGUAGGCUUCAAGUCUCUUUGGAGGGUAUCUCCCCAAAUAAAUUUGGCCAGUGGAUGACUGCUGCAGAUUUGAUUCCUUCUCUUUCAGAAGAACGUAAUCUGUGCAAAGCAAAUUCAUUCUCAUUUUUUGUAAAUCCUCAGUUAGCCAGAUUGCAGAAGCAGUUCAUAGAACACCCUAAGGGCAAGGGGAUAGCUGUGGAUAGCGCGGAUGCGGAGGAAGCUAAUCAAAAAGAAUUAUCUCUUUCUAAGAUUAAUGAGCAAAUUAGAAGGAUAGAAGAAGGUGGUUCAUCUACAAAUGCAGAACUACAGAUAUUGCAGAAUCAGAUGGGAGGUAUGGCUACGAGGUGUAGCUAUAGUCAGGGUCAGUGCCCGGGUCAGAGCGACGCUGUUAAGAUUUCAGCGGUGCCAUCAACUGUAGUUAAUAUGGAGACGGCCUCUGUUCCGGACAAUAACGCGGGAGGAGUUCAAAUUCAAGGCUUGCACACUCCAGUACAGCAGGGUGCUGUUAUUCCUAAUCCAUCACAAAUCUCCAUUUUGUGUGCUCUGCCUGCAACUCACAUCUCAGAUACUGGCCCCUCAUCUGCUAUUCAGGCUACUAAGGAAGACUAUAAUCCAUGUGGGAAAGCUCCUGCUAAUCCAUCCAUCUUCCCAGGUGUUGUGCCUUCCUCGACUCCGCCUCUUCUCACUGUCCCCUCUCCGAUCAGAUCCAGUCCCAAGAGACUGCCAGAGUCGCUGUUUGGGCUUCCGGUUCCGCCGGCGAAGAAGGCCAGCAUCCAUGGAGGUCGUGGGAGGGCAGAAGAUCAGUCUGAUUCGGUGCUCGGAGCUCCGCCUGUUAGGCAAGUUCUCUCUCCACAGCCAUCUGCAACUAGUGGUAUGGGAGCCUUCACAGUGCCUGCUAGUACAGGGAGAGGAAGGACUUUGGACGGUUCUUCGCCUUUUGGAUCCGCAACAUCUCAGGGUGGCUACCAUCGAUAUCGCUAUAGCAGAUGGGAUAUUCCUCCGGCCAGGGGAUAUGGAGGUUUGUGUUCCAAUAUGCAUGGGGUUAUGCGCAAUCGCGCUUGUUCCUCCACUUGGAAGCGUGACAGUGGAAAAGGUCUGCAUGUUGAUAUGGGCAAACAUAGCCCCAGAAUUCAAACCGCAAUGAAAAAACAAGAUGACUUUAGUUCCUCUGGCCAAGGCAAUACAUUGGAUCUCCGGAAUGAUCAAGUUGGAGAAAACAUGGAAUUGAAUGUUGGUAUGGAUACGAGGGUGGCUGAAUCCUUUCCUCGGGCAGCGGCGCAUGGCCCUAACGCGCCUCGGGCGCCAUGAAAGCAAUAGUAUGGAAUUGCCGAGGUAUGGGCCGAGACCUUGGCAAUGAUCGAAUGUUGUUCCUGGCCAAUCUGGUUCGCUCUACAAAAGCUCAGAGGGGCUUCAGGAGGGCUCUGGCUUAUGUGGAAUGACGAUCUUAAGGUUUCUGUUCGUAGUUCUUCCUUCCACUUUAUCUUAGCGGAUGUAGUUCAUCUAGCCUCGGGGGUUCACUUUUGUUUGGUUUGUAUAUAUGGUGACCCCUACCAUAGGCAGACUAGUGACAUUUGGAAUCAGAUCUCCACUUUUGUGUAUGAUAACUUUGGCAAACCCAUGAUCUGUAUGGGUGAUCUUAACGAUAUUUUGUAUGA